CACGUCCAUAGAUAAAGCUCGUUGCAGCUCUUGAUUUCGCUCGUCACGACCGAUUGCACGACCUAAUUCAAAAUGGCCGAUUCCACUGUCGCCCGUCCUCCUCCCAGCGCCAUUUCCCGGCCGCUUAGCGAGUCUCUUCUCAAUGAGAAGUGGGAUCGCUGCCUCUCCAACCUCCUCGUCAAGUCCUCCCUCGGUCUCGGUUUCGGUGUCGUCUUCUCCGUCCUUCUGUUCAAGCGAAGAGCAUGGCCCGCAUUCGUUGGUGUCGGCUUCGGUGCUGGCCGUGCCUAUGAGGAGUGCAACUUCAGCCUGAAGCAGGCUGCGCGAGAACUUAAGAAGCAAUCCGCAUAAGGUAUUACAGUGGUGGGCGCCAAUAAAGAGAGACGAGCCGUUUAUUUUGUACCAGCAACAAACACACCAGAAAAUGGCGAUGUGUUAAGGGAUGACACAGGGAACUUUGCCGCGGGCUUCACGGAGAGCCAAUGUCAGAGUAGGAUGGGUUUUUCAGAUUCAAUAGAGGUAUCAUGUACAACAACCUGCCAUUCCUGACCUUUCACCAGUCUUCAU